UAACGGUACAAACGCUUCAUAUAUACAUACAGUCAUUGGACAGACGAUAGCAAGAAUAACGCUGCUGUAUUUUGAGAGCAAAAACAAGUAUCUAUACAUUUGCAUUCUGCAUUAGUUCAUUCUGUCAAAUUGAAUCUGAGGGAGAAAAAAACAUGUUCUACACAUGUGGUCCAAAUGAGGCUAUGGUGGUGUCAGGUCCAUUCUCUAAUCAAUACAAUUAUAUUCUCCAUUUAUAAACAUAUUACAUUAAAGAGCUGUAAGAUGGUAGUAAUACUCGCAUGCGUAUCUCACCAUCCUCUCGCUCUCCUUCUCUUGCUCUUUCGCUCUUUCUCGCUCUCUCUCGCUCUCCCUCUCUCGCUCUCUCGAUCUCUCUCGCUCUCCCUCUCUCUCUCUCUCUCGCUCUCCCUCUCCCUCUCUCGCUCUCUUCCUCUCGCUCUCUGUUUCUCAGGGCUCUGCCGUUCUCCUCCAGUAAUGAUUUCUGGAGGCAGAGUGUUUGUGCUUCCCUGUGUUCAGAAGAUCCAGAGGAUCUCCCUGAACACUCUGACGCUAAACGUGAAGAGUGAUAAAGUCUACACCCGGCAUGGGGUUCCCAUCUCGGUCACUGGUAUUGCCCAGAUGAAGAUCCAGGGGCAGAACAAGCAGAUGCUGGCCGCAGCCUGUCAGAUGUUCAUGGGGAAGUCGGAGGGCGAGAUCGCCCAAAUCGCCCUGGAGACGCUGGAGGGUCACCAGAGGGCCAUUAUUGCCCACCUGACUGUGGAGGAGAUCUAUAGGGACCGCAAGAAGUUCUCGGAGGAGGUGUUCAAGGUGGCCUCGUCUGACCUGGUCAACAUGGGCAUCAGCGUGGUCAGCUACACGCUCAAAGACGUUCACGAUGACCAGGACUACCUCCACUCCCUGGGGAAGUCCAGGACCGCCCAGGUGCAGAAAGACGCCCGCAUCGGAGAGGCCCAGUUCAAGAGGGAUGCUGUGAUCAGGGAGGCCCAUGCCAUGCAGGAGAAGAUUUCAGCCCAGUAUGUAAAUGAGAUCCAGAUGGCCAAGGCUCAGAGGGACUAUGAGCUGAAGAAAGCAUCCUAUGACAUCGAAGUCAACACCAAGAAGGCGGAGUCCGAGAUGGCCUACCAGCUACAGGUGGCCAAGACCAAGCAGCGCAUCGAGGAGGAGAAGAUGCAGGUGAAGGUGGUGGAGCGCUCUCAGCAGAUCAUGCUCCAGGAGCAGGAGAUCACCCGCAGGGAGAAGGAGCUGGAGGCCAAGGUCAAGAAGCCCGCUGAGGCCGAGAGAUACCGCCUGGAGAAGCUUGCCGAGGCCCAGCGUGCACAGCUCAUCAUGGAGGCAGAGGCUGAAGCAGAGUCCAUUAGGAUUAAGGGAGAUGCGGAGGCCUUUGCUGUGGAGGCGAAGGGGAGAGCCGAGGCGGAGCAGAUGGCCAAGAAGGCCGAAGCCUUCCAGCAGUACAAGGAGGGAGCCAUGGUGGACAUGCUGCUGGAGCAACUACCACUAAUGGCGGAAGAGAUCAGCAGGCCUCUGGCGCAGGCUCACAAGAUCACCAUGAUAUCCAGCGGCGGCGGCGAGGUGGGCGCGGCCCAGCUCACAGGGGAGGUGCUAGACAUCAUGACCCGCCUACCAGCGGCGGUGGAGAAACUGACCGGAAUCAACAUCUCACAGGUGGCGACUCGUAUGGGCUGAGGAGAGGCUCCGGGUGCUCAGGUAGACCUAUCAUCAUACCCCUGCCUGGCUGUAGUGUCUGCGUAUGUGUCUACUGUCACAGCCUUACCUUCUCUCCUCAAGUACGUUAUGCCAACGACCUAUCUGUUUCUAUGAUCAACCCUUUCUAUCGAUCCCCUCUUCUUUCCAUGUGUCUUAGUGCCCCUUUUCUCUGCCUGUCUCACCUUUCACCUCUAACCCGUUUUCUAUUUGGCCCUGGAUUCCUCCUCCUAACUGCCUGUGUCCACUGUCUUGCUGCCAAGCCCUAAGUGCAUCUUAACUGGCGAGUUCAAUGCAAGCGCACAAUCAACUCGUCCAUCCAGUAUUGUCAUUCUCAGCGCUCGGUCUUACGCAUCAGAAGAAAAGGGGACCUGACCAAAUCCAUGUUUCAGUCUUUCAUUGUUUUUAAUGUUACUGGUUGUCGUUUUAGUCUGACAAAAUGUAAUUGGUUAAGAGAAAAUGUCAUGGCUCUGUGGGGACUAAGUUUGAGUAACAAUGAAUGUAAAAAAUAUUCACCAUUCAAAGUAUCCAAUAUUCUAAUCUAUACCUAUAUCUCUUUGGGAGAAGUAGUCUGAAUAGGCCAGUCAACUUGUUUCUCAAUAUAUUAUUAUUUUCUAUGGAUUUCUAUCUGUGAAAUGUGUGCUUUCCCAUUGAUGUGUGUCUACAGUCACUGUUACGACACGUAACGUGCGUGUUUUUUUAUGUUGUUUUCGUUGUACUUUCUCACACUGAAUUAUCCUAUUUAAUCAAUAUUCGUUAGAAAGGACCUUCUAGUCAAGCAGAUUAUGUAGCAGUUCUCACAAAUGUGACUUGCAUUACUUUUGUCCAGAGUGCUAGGGGACUGGUUUACUGCUCUGUUAUAGCUGUCAAAAUGUAAUAUGACCUUAUAAUCUUGGAAUUAUUGCACUUCUGCCUAACGCUACGUACUGUAAUGUCAAGCUGUACUAUUUAUGUUAAUUGAGAUGUACUGUUAGCAUUGAAGCUACAUUAUUCUUAAGGUGGUCCUCAGAUCAACGGAAAUAGUAGCUGUGAUAAAUGAAUAAUAAAGGGAGUGAUUUUCAGUUAGAAAAAUGUUGAUUGUCGUCAGAAGUAGAAAGAGAGGAGGUGUCAUGUAAAAAGAAGAAAUUCGGAAAGCAUGUACUCUCUUUUUGGGAACCUUUUGAAGCCCAAACUAAAGCUAGCUGUGUCGUAUUGUACUACUAAUAGAAAUAACUACUAAUGGACAUAACAGCAUGAUAUACAAGCAUUGAGUACAUGGCACAUACAGAAUAUACAUCCAUUGUUGCCCUCAGAACAGCCUAAUUUCAUUGGGGCAUGAACUCCACAAGUUGUUGAAAGCGUUCCACAGGGAUGCUGGCCCAUGUUGACUCCAAUGUUUACCACAGUUGUGUCAAGUUGGCUGGUGGACCAUUCUUGAUACACACGGGAAACUGUUGAGUGUGAAAAACCCAGCAGCGUUGCAGUUCUUGACACAAACCGGUGCACCUGGCACCUACUACCAUACCUCGUUCAAAUGCACUUACAUUUUGUUGUCUUGCCCAUUCACUCUCUGAAUGGCACACAUACACAAUCCAUGUCUCAAUUGUCUCAAGGCUUAAAAAUCCUUCUUUAACAUGUCUCCUCCCCUUCAUCUACACUGAUUGAAGUGGAUUUAACGAGUGACAUCAAUAAGGGGUCAUAGCUUUCACCUGGAUUCACCUGGUCAGUCUAUGUCAUAGAAAGAGCGGGUGUUCCUAAUGUUUUGUAUACUCACUGUAUUUCAUGACACUGCAUUUCAUCAGAGGAAAGACAAGUGGUCAUUCCUCAUCCCCGUAUGCAUUGGCUGGUGCAAUCAAGUUUCCCCUCUGGGGGAUUAAUAAAGUACUAUCUUAUCUUAUCGUCCAAUCAAUGUCUCAGAUCAGUAUGUUCAAUGGAAAUCAUCCAGAUAGCAUAGCGUGCUAGCCCUGUGUGUCUCAUGGCAUUGUCGGGUCUAGUGAGAUGACUGAUUCAGUAUAGGAAGUGAGGCUGACUUGCCUUAUCCCCCACACACUGUCACCCUUGACCUCAUCGUCACCACACAAGAUUGCGUCUUAUGUACUGAUGAUGUUACACAGAAUAGUCUGUAAUGUAUUGAAUUGUAUAUUUAAUUUCAUUGAUUUUUUGUUGUAUUUAUUUAUGGUUUUUUUUUCUAUGAAAUUUGUCAGGAGCCUGAAGGCAUGACCCAUAACAGGUACUCCUGCUAUGGAUAAGUAACCAAACCAGGGACUGAACCAGAGGUUCAAAAUAUGUCCAAAGCAUCAAAAUAAGGGAUAUUUUGGAUGUUGUAAUUACUGUAGAAAUGCAUCUACAGUACCUGUUUUAGUGAAGUAUUUUAAAAUGUGUGUUCAAUUUAGCUUAAAACAUGUUGUACUGUACUCAAAGAUAAGAAAAUCAUAUCUGAAAUCAGCUGUUUAUGUCUUGUUGUCACAUUUAUCAUACUUUCUUAAACCUUCUGAGCUCAGCGUCUUGGCCUGGCUUGUCAAAAAGGGUUUACCUUCAGUUGCAUCACAAGACAAGAGUAAUCAAACCUCCUUAUCCUGACUAACACAAUGUUACCCUGUUUCUGUGUUGCAUCUUACUAUAACCAGGACAUAAUCUACUUUCAUGGUUGUCUCUUGUUUUACCAAGAAAUAAUACCAACAGUUGCUGUAUUAUAUAUUCUUAAAUGGCAUGUUUCAGUGAAAACCAAACCAAGCUUGGGAAAAAGUUACAUCCUAUACAUUUAAUGAAAAUAAUGAGACGAAUUCCAUGGCAAGCAGAUUGUAUCCAGGACUGGUUUCAUGUCGUUUUCUUUGAGUUAUAUUAGAAUAGUGUGUUGUUUAAAACUUGCCAAAAUUGUAAUGUGUCUCUGUAUUGUUUUCAAAUGGCUGUGCACUAGUGUCAUGAGGAACCUUAGACAUUUGUAUUUUAUAGGAAACAUAUAUCCUUAAAUGAUAUCAAAUACAGAAUUCCUUUGAUUCUAUUAACCACAACCCUCGUCUUCCCUCGUCUUCUUUGGUGCUUGUGUGUAGGAAGGUUGUGAAAUGGGCAUGGCACAGGGGACACUAAUGGCAAAUUAGUGUCCCUAACACAAUAACCUAGCAUACACAAUAUUCUACACUAUUUCAAUGUAUAAUUUACCUGUGUACUGUACAUUGAUACAAUACCUUCAAACUGACUGGCCACGGCAUGCAGGAAAAGGUGAAUCGGACAGAAAGAUCGUCAUCUCCGACUGUCUCACUUUAUUGUCCUUACAAGGAGAAACAGUCUGUUCAUAUGAAUGUGUACUGUGCAUAUACAGCGAGUGUAGCAUAAGGGUAGUUAAUAACGGCAUUAGGAGCGAUAACAAUAAGAAUAAUGAGAACUGUGUUAUUUCAAAAGACACAUAAUGAAGUACAAGGAGUAUACGUAAGAUGACCAGCCAAUCACAAGCCAGCUCAAUAAAUACAGAGCAGAAUAGAGCUCUGUGAUUGGAUGGGUUACAAAUACAUGUCAACGAUUCAUACUUUUGAAGUUAUUUUGUUUUCUUUUUCAUAUGUAUUUAGAUCUCUGUUUUUUCUUUACAGAGGCAGUACAUCAUUCCCUUUUUUGAAUGAAAAAAAAGUCACUUCUAUAUACAGUACCAGUCAAAAGUUUGGACACAUACUCAUUCCAGGGUUUUUCUUUAUUUUGACUAUUUUCUAUAUUGUAGAAUAAUAGUGAAGACAUCAACACUAUGAAAUAACACACAUGGACUCAUGUAGUACCCCAAAAAGUGUUAAACAACAACUCAUCCCAAACCAUCUCAAAUUGGGUUGAGGUCAGGUGAUUGUGAAGGCCAGGUCAUCUGAUGCAGCACUCUAUCACUCUCCUUCUUGGUCAAAUAGCCCUUACACAGCCUGGAGGUGUGUUGGGUCAUUGUCCUGUCGAAAAACAAAUCAUAGUCCCACUAAGCGCAAACCAGAUGGGAAGGUGUAUCACUGCAGAAUGCUGUGGUAGCUAUUCUGGUUUGCCUUGAAUUCUAAAUAAAUCACUGACAGUGUCACCAGCAAAGCAUCCCCACACCAUAACACCUCCUCCUCCAUGCUUUAUGGUGGGAAAUACACAGGCAGAGAUUAUCCGUUCACCCACACCUCGUCUCACAAAAACACGGC